AUGGCUGAAAAUAAUAGAGUGGGUCAACUGGAUGACCCCGUACCUUCAAUAAUUCCACCUCCUCAAAAUCAAGCAGCUCAACCACGUCUUCGAGACAUCCAAAGACCGGUAAUAGCUGUUAAUCCUUCUUGCAUUCAAUUAUCUGAUGCAGCUAGAAAUUAUGAACUCAAGACUUUCCAUCUGAAUAUGCUCCCUACCUUUAACGGUUUGGGAAGUGAAGAUGCUUUGGGUUUCAUGCUAGAGCUCUAUAGUACGGUACAAACUUUACCUUUAAAUAAUUUAUCUGAAGAAGAGCUUAGAAUGAAAUGCUUUCCAUAUUGCAUGAGGGGUGAUGCUAGGCAAUGGUUGUUAAAUUUACCAGAGGGUUCUUUAAGAGUUUGGGAUGAUGUUUACAAUGCUUUCAUGUUUAAAUAUUAUUCAUCUCAAAAGACAAUGGACUAUAGGAGUAGGAUAUGCACUUUCACUCAAAGAGAGGGUGAAUUAUUUCAUGAAGCAUGGGAUCAUUUUAAAUUGCUUUUGACACAAUUCUUUUAUGAUGGUUUAACUCCUAAUUGUCAGUCUCUUGUAGAUACUGCUGCAAGUGGAUACACAGGUGAUAAAAAUAGUGAUGAAUUAGAAGCUAUCUAUGAGAGCUUAGCUACUAAUUCUCGACAAAAGGCAGUGAGAGGUCGAAGGACUGCUGUGCAUGAAAUUAGCACACAAUCUGAGUUGACAACACAAGUGGCUGAAUUGACUAAACAGAUGAACUUAUUGAUGACUCGUGAUAGUUCGAAUAGAGAAUUUUGUUCUUAUUGCAAUACAUAUGGUCAUAAUUCUUCUGUUUGUAUGAAUGCAGAGUCAUCACAACCAUCUUAUGAGGAAGCUUAUUACAUGGGAUCCAACAUGGGUAGGCAACAACCAAGAAAUGAUCCAUUUUCUAAUACAUAUAAUCCAGGUUGGCGAAAUCACCCUAACUUCUCAUGGAGAGAUCAAGGUAAUGCAAGACCAAUGGGACCACCUGGAUUUCAGCAACAAGGACCGUCAGGAUUCCAGCAUCAGCAAUACAGACCUUUCCAGCAGCCACCUGCACCACAACAGUCUCAACUUCUUGCUCAGGAGAAGAAGCCUCAAUUGGAGGAGAUCCAAGCAUCCAUUCAUAAUUUAGAAGUGCAAGUAGGUCAGUUGGCUAAAUUGGUUGUAGAAAAAGAUCGAGGCAAGUUUCCUAGUACCACUGAAUUAAACCCUAGGGAAGGAGCUAUGGCUGUCACCUUGAGAAGUGGUAAGAUUUUGAAUGAAGUUUUGAAAGAGAAAGAACCCAUGAGUGAUAAAGAAGAAGAGCAAGUGUCUAAAGAGAAUUCUAGUGAUCAAAACCUCACUUCCUCUACAGUAAAACCUUAUGUACCCCCCAUUCCAUAUCCACAAAGGUUACAAAAGAGGAACCAUGACAAUAACUUUAAAAGAUUUUUAGAGGUUUUUAAAAAAUUGCAAAUUAAUAUUCCUUUUGCAGAAGCACUCGCUAAUAUGCCAUCUUAUGCCAAGUACAUUAAGGAAAUUGUAUCUAAUAAAAAGAAAUUGGAAGAGUUUGCUACUGUGCACCUAAAUGAGGAGUGUAGUGCUAUUCUACAAAGCAAAUUACCUCCUAAGCUAAUGGAUCCAGGAAGUUUUUCUAUUCCUUGCACUAUUGGUAAUACUGUUAUUGAUAAAUGCUUAUGUGAUCUAGGUGCUAGUAUUAACCUUAUGCUUUUAACUCUUUUUAAGAAGUUGGAAAUAGCUGAAAUGAAGCCAACAACAAUCUCUCUUCAACUUGCUGAUAGAUCAGUCAAGUACGCGCUUGGAGUAGUGGAGGAUAUCUUGGUAAAAGUUGGUAAAUUUUAUUUUCCUGCUGAUUUUCUGAUUCUUGAUAUGGGUAGUGAUACAGAUACAUCUCUUAUACUUGGUAGGCCAUUUUUGUUCACAGGAGGAGUAUUAAUUGAUAUGCCUUUAGGGAAAUUGAUUUUUAGAGUAGGUAAAGGAAAAGAGGAAUUCUCUAUCUCUAAGGCUGUAAAAUUACCAACUUUUGAUGAAUCAUGUCUUUUUGUUGAUGUUAUUGAGAAACCUUCAGAAGAAGAAUUUGUUAAGCAUUCACCUAGUGAAACACUACAUCAACUUGAACUUAAACCACCUUCAUUGCGGUUCAAAUACGAAUUUUUGAGUGACAAUGAUACUUUUCUUAUGUUUUCUUAUGCUCAUUUACUUCAUGCAAAAGAAGAGAGAUUGUGGAGAACAUUUACUAAAGCUUGGCAUGACAAAAAUAAUUUUUGGAGAGAAUUCAAUGUAGGACAGGAAGUUUUGUUGUCUAAUUCUUGUCUUAAGCUUUUUCUAGAGAAAUUGAAGUUUAGAUGGUUUGGUCCUUUCAUGGCCACUACAGUUCGUUCUUAUGAGGCAAUUGAGAUUGAAAGAGAUAAAAAGAGACCAUUCAUGGUUACUUCACCAAAAGGUAGGCCCGGAAGAAACUGGCAACUAACAGGGAAGUUUCCUGUUUAUUUCAUUUUCUCAUACUUGCUUUUAUAUUUAACAUUGAGGACAAUGUUGAGUUUGAGUGUGGGGAAGGGAAAGUUUAGGAGGUGUUUUCUGCAUGCAUUUUUCUGGAAUUUUCUGCAUGCAUUUUUCUAA